AUGGCCACACAACCCGAGGAUAGGUCGGACAUCUCGGCCGCUCCAAGAAUCGAACCUCCAUCGGGGAAUACUCGGGAUGCUGCUUCCUCGUUUGACGAUGCUGUUGGCGACAAAACACAACUAAGUACGGGGUCUAUGUGGGAGAAACUCAAGCAACAUUUCCGGCGUCGGUGGUGGAUUUAUCUCAUUGCGACCGUUAUCUUGCUCGCCAUCUUAUUACCCCUCUUGUUCAAAGUCAUCAUACCGGCCAUCAUCAAAAACAUCGUCGACGACCAAGAGCUGCCUGUGAAGGGGGGGUUCCUCAACUUCACCGAGCCAACUCGUCUUCGCAUUGGCCUCGAUACGUUGCUCGACACUCCCUUGGGCGUGAAGAUCGACCCCGUCCCACUUAGCCUUCUUCAACCGCCAGUUGACGGCGCUGAUGACAAAGAGACGCCCUUCCUCACGCUUCAAAUGCCGGAACAGCACGUGAACCACGUAACCGAUGUCAAAAUCCCAAGCCAAGUUGUCGACAUCUUGGAUCACACUCAGCUUGUCGCAUGGUUCAACGAGUUCUUCGACAAGGAGACGGUCGAUCUCCGCCUCAAGGCUGACGACUUGAGUGCCCACCUCGGUGCGCUAGACUACCAAGUCAGCUUGGAUAAAACGAUCAAGGUACCUGGGCUCAAUUACCUGAAGGGCUUCGGCGUAUUGGACAUGCAGUUCACCAUUCCGCCAGGGCCCUCCGGACACAACAUGAAGGGCCACCUCAACAUCCCUAACGCCGGAGUUCUGACGCUGGGGAUGGGCAACGUGACGUUCAACGUAAUGGCUGGGGACAUCAACCUGGGGUUGGUGCACAUCUACAACCUCGACCUGAAGCCGGGAAACAACACGCCGCCCUUCGAGGGUGACUUCUACUUUGACGAGCUGGUUCCCAAUCUUGCCGCAAUUAUGGAAACUCAACAUGAAUCUCUUUCCAAUGGCAUGAUUGCGUUCAACACCUCGGGCAAUUCGACCUUCCACAACGGUCGGCGCAUCGAUUACGUCGAGGGCGUUCUCAACCGAAAACACAUACCCUUCACCAUUCCGGUCACGACACUGUUGCUCGACGUUCUGAGUGGCGUACUCGCAGGCGGUACGGACGGCAGUUCGGGAGUGCCUUUACUCGACACGUUAGGCGACGUGCUGGGGAAUAAAACCCUGUUUGACCAAAUGUUGGGCCAUUUCGAUACGCAAAGCAUUGGCAGUAGCUCGGAAGUCACGGAUACUGCCCGAUUAAAGAGGACAGCGGCACGAAAGCUUGGGAGGUCGAUGCAGAUGAACCUUUUCAGACUAGGGUUACGUACAAUGCGGUCGAAGCUUUGA